AUGACGCCGCCAUGGCCUUCCAGCGAAGCGGCUGGUCCCAGCGGCGGGGAGGGCGUCUCCUCUGCGGAGAACCCCUUGGCUCUCCAUGUCGUGGAGGGAGAAGAGGUUGGCUUCCUCUCCUCUCGGUUUUCCUUUCCUUCACUCCCAAUGCGUAUGUGCAAUCUGACCUCAUACGAGGGGAGAUUUCGGAUGGCAGGCCGUCUGGGGGGAGAGACAGUCUUGGCAUUCGUCGCAGUGACGUCUGUAUUCAGAAUUCGAUUGCUGAGAUUAAUUACAAUGUACAGGAAGAUGGAUAGCAUCGUAAAUUUAAGCAAUCGCGCAGAUUAUGGGCCCCCAAUUCCGUACAUGGAACGGGAGCGUAGCUUGCCCUCGCGAGAUCACUGUCUCUCUGCCCAUAGGCUGGUAACCCUGUGCAUUGUAUGGCAUCAUAGAAUAGAACUUUGAAUAUUUGGUGAAAACAAUUGGCGUAUUGGUUGGCAAAAAAAUAUUCUGUACUCAGACGUGUCGAAGGACUGGAACACUAGAAAGUAUCUUUUGGAACUAGAUAAAUCAUGAAAUAUCUUCACAGAUUUGUCGAUUUUUGACGCUAACUCGUACUUGGUUAGUUUGAAGGGCUCGGACGUCAUUCUUACCGUGAUUAUGCUGAAUUUACAGGUUUUGGGAGAAAAUCUUCUGGAAAGUUUUCACUGUUUGAUGAAGAAAUUUUUCUCGGUCUUAUCUCUGAAACCUGAGGAUAUUGGCGAUGUAUUUUCUAUGGAUAUCUCCAUCUGUGGGACAUUGACUAAUGCUGUCCGUGGUCUUUUAUGCCAUAUUUCUAAUUGGGCAUUCAACACCUUGGACAGACAGUAUGAACAAAUUCUUUCUCCUCGAAAACGUCUUCUGGCUGCAAGGGCGGCCAGUGCUCAACGUAAUUCAUAUCAUUGCGAGCCAUCUUCCCUGCAAAGCUUCUGUUUUCACCUAAAGUGCUGCAUAACCCUGCUGUACAUGUUGGAGUUUGACCUCAACCUUUUGAUGGGAAAGAGCCAAAUUCUUGUGAAAAUGCUCAGAGAACUAUGCUGCCCUGAUAUACAGCUGAUGUUUUUCUCUCCCCAGACACUCAGAAAUGAUAUAUGGAGCACCGGCGUCAACAAUUCAAUUUCGCAUGAAAUUAAAUGUGGGGAUAUGUCUGGUUUUGAGUGCUCAAAGGAUGAAAUGAGACCAGUGAUUCCAGUUGUUCUUUCGAUACUCGAGGUAGUAUCAUAUCUUUGCAUUUUUUUCCUAUUAGUGCCAUAUUCAUCGUUAUAUUACAUUCUCCUGUUGACCCUGACUUGGCCAAGGCUGAGUCCCAAAGUGUUAGGUAAUGUUUUGUGUUGACCUCUAUAUGUUACUAGCCUCUUAUAUAUUUUUAUAAAAUUCUGGUGACAAACGGUGACCAUAUAUUAUGAAAAGGCCUAGAAGAUACAUUUUGUGAAGUAAUGACUCUACAGCAGCCUGUAAUGAUUCAGUGUACUGGGAGUACGAAAAUAAAUAAAUAUAAAUGAUCUAAAGGUAGAGAGAAAGAGGUAACAAUGGCAGGAAGAAUUAAAACAUGUAGAAAAAAAAUGCAGAAUUAGAAAGAAAAAAAAUUAAAAGGAGAAAUAGGUAUCAAAUUUACCUGUUUAGACUUUCCUCUUCUUUACAUUUAGAUGAUUCCCUGGUGAUAAUUUACUCUUCGUUGCUCUAAGAGUAUGGUGAUUGAUUAUUGAAAGACUAAUUUGGAGAAUAUGGGUUGCUUCUGUUUCAAGUUCUGAUAUGGAAACUUGUCCUUACUCCAUGUGAGGAUAAGGCUGCUAUAGUAAAAUAUUUGAUGUGACAUCAUUCUGACUUCAGUCAGGAUUCACGAGGUGAUAGCUGCACUCUGCUAUAGAAACUUAGACAUGGGCAUAAUUUUGGAAUUCGUAUCAAGUAAACAUGUGUAAGAGGAUAUCCAUGGUGACAUUAGUUUUCGUGUCUACCUAUCAGUGCUUUCUUAGUCCACAUUCAAUGAAUACUAGACGGAUGCUGAGCAUUGUCCAAUCUUAUAAUAUCAUCAGACCUGUUAUUUUAUGCUAUUUACCUAUUUGUCGUACGCUGUCAGAACCAUUUGCUGCACACUGAAAGGACAAAAUCUAAUUUUUUUAUGCUAACAUUAUUUGUUUCUUAUUUUAUGUCUUCCGGGAAUGUAUGUGAACUAGUUGAAACUAUAUUAUGUUUGUCCCGAUGGUGAGGUCAAAAUCACUUGUAAAUCAAAUCGUGCCCCUUUAUGGGUUUUGGUACCGAAGAAUCUGACAAAAGACAUUUCUAAGAUUCCUGAUUCUCGACUUAUUUUAUACUUGAAUUUAGGAUCCUCUAUAUUAUUAUUUCGUUGAUGGACAAGUUGCUAAUGCAGGUAUUUGCUGAUGAAUUAUUGGUGCAUCAAGGUAUGAGGAAGCAUUUCGCUACAAUAUACAAUAUUUCCAGCACAUGUGACACGCAUCUUGCACCUGAUAGCGUUACUUGUUAUAUCGGGAUUAUUUUCGAGUUGCUUUGUUCACAUUUUCUUCUCUCCUCUUAUGAUGAGAAGGCAUUCGGGAGACUUUUUCAGUCAAUGUUUUCCUGUAAGGCGAUGGAAACAGAGGGUCUAAAGCUAAGACUAACAGCAGCCUUGGCUCUGCUUGGAAUGCCUACAAUCAUCUCCGCUCCUUAUAUGCUCCGAUCCCACAUAAUUUUAUUGGUUUCUAGAUGCAUAACUGGCUGUGAAGAUCAAAGCGCGACGGCAAUGGACUGCUAUAUGGGAGCAUUUGAGCAGUCAGUCAUCCUCUACACAUGCCAUUCCCUCAGUUCUCGCCUUUAUUAUGAUUCUAUGAAAGUGAAGCCUCAGUCCAAGUCUCGCGUUCUUGGUCGCUACGCAUUGGAGAACGACUUUGACCUAUCAUUUGGUCAAUGCGUCCGGAAAGGCACACAAGAUACGAUCAACUCCCAGAUUCAGAAAUGGCUCGACAGCUGCUCUCAGCAGUCUGAUGCUUUUCUCCAUUGGACCAAGGCAGAAGUAGUAAGCUCCUGCAUGGCAUACAUGACUGAGAAUCGCCAUAUAAUAAUGGAGCCAUGGAGAGAAGAAACAUGUUUACUACUGAGCUUCAUGCUGCAGAGGAUUGCAGGAGAAGCUGUCAGAGCUCCACCACACGAGAAGGAAGAGAUAAACAGGCAGGAAAUCUACUUUGUGGCAGCCCUGCUGAAGUUGAUGGGCUCCUCCCUUUUAAAAAUCGUAGUGGUCCUCAGUGAGCGCAGCACGGAGAACUCAAAUGGGUCUGCUCUCGGCAAGGAACAUGAGUUCAUAUCAGACAUCGUUGGCUAUUUUGGGAGCUACUCUGCGGGGCGAUAUGUGCUGUGGGCUCCGAGCGCGGCGCGCUCUUCCGGGUGCUGGGGGGCCGGCGUGAUGUUGGCGCAUCUCACCAGCUUGUUGUUCUGUAGCAUCGAUCAGAGGCUUCAUCCCCUGUGGGAGGGCUGCAUGUUUGUGAUAAUGGCGGUGAUGAAUCUCCUGGUUCUCGAGGAGGGCAAUUUAGAUACACCGAGGACGAUGUGUGGGUUCCCAAGGGAAUCCCUCAGCUACCGACUUUCUCUCUCUAAAGUUUUCCAGGUGGCUUUGACUUUCUCUGUGGGACUAAGCUGCAGACAUUUUCCCACUCAUACCCCUUUGAUAUGCCCAUAUUUACUUACAUGUGUGGGGGAUGAUCGUGCAGGUGCCACCCCGCCGAUCGAGCAUAGCCAUCGCAUCAAACCUGCAGAAGCUCCAAGAUCUCUACUUGAAGAAGGAGAUCAAGUACCUGGCCUACGAGCCCAGCAGGUUUGUGGCCUUGGAAGCAGCCGAACCGGCUGCCAUUCAUGGCAUUUUAUGCCAGAUUUGGAUAAAAAUCAAGGUUUUAUAUAA